AUGAAUAAUAUUCCUUUGGCUGAAGAACUUCUUUCAUGGAGUGAGGGUCAACGUGUCCAGGGGCCUUCGUUCCAGCCUUUACAACUCAAACAACAUAUUCAAAAAAGCACUGGUAAAGAUCUUUCUUCUUUGAUUCAAACUCAGAAGCCAGUUAUUCUCGAUGAAUCCCAGACGAAUUCUCUGCUUGCUAUCUUAUUCCGAAGGGUGAGUCUGGUUCAAGGGCCACCAGGCACGGGAAAAUCAUUCAUUGGAGCAUUGGGUGCAAAAAUACUUCAUGAUUUCACGUCUCAAACUAUUUUAGUCGUCUGCUAUACGAACCAUGCGCUAGAUCAAUUUCUCGAAGACCUUCUGGACAUUGGGAUUCCAUCUUCAAAUAUGAUCAGACUUGGAUCAAAGUCCACAUCUCGAACAAAAGAAUUAUCUUUACGCGAACAAGGGUCGUCUAAAGGAUCGGCUAAACUCAAUAGUUCACAAAGGGACCGAAUUCACAAACUCGAAUCGAGUCUCAAUCAGCAUAAGACAAGAUUAGAAGGCGCGUUUAGACGGUAUCACUCGACUCAAGUAAGCAAGCAACAGAUAUUGGACUACCUCGAGUUUCUGCCUGGUGAUAUUCCAUUCUUUGAUACGUUCAUGGUGCCCAUGACCAAAAAGGAUGAUAUGACCCAGGUCGGAAGAAAAGGAAAAGCCGUGGACAAGUUCUAUUUGUUGAAUAGGUGGAUCAGGGGUAUGGCGGAUGCUGGGAGUUUCCGGUAUACUCAACCCAAACGUUCAAAAGAAGUAUGGAAAAUUAGUUCAGAGUCGAGGGAUGCGAUUAUCUCAGGGUGGAGGUCAGCUAUCAUAGAGGAGAUGGUUGAAGAAAUGCUUAAAAUUGGCAAGCAGUUCAAUGAUGAGCAAGCAGAAAAAGAGAGUAUCUUCGAUCAGAGGGAUAUUAGCACAAUCAAAUCUAAGAGAAUUAUUGGCUGCACAACAACUGCCGCUGCAAAAUACACAUCUGCAAUUCAGAUUGCCUCUCCUGGGGUAUUACUGGUUGAAGAAGCUGGAGAAAUUCUUGAGGCUCAUAUCUUUACAUCUUUGGCGAGGGACACGCAGCAACUGAUCCUCAUUGGAGACCACAAGCAGCUUCGCCCGAAGUGUAAUACAUACGGCCUCAAAGUGGAACAAGGAGACGGCUACAACCUGGACAUGUCCUUGUUUGAGAGAUUGGUUCUUGAUGGAUUUCCACAUGUCACGCUGACGAAACAACAUCGUUCUAGACCAGAGAUAUCGUCCAUUAUUAGGCAUAUUACAUACCCAGACCUGAUCGAUGCCGACUCUACGCGAAAUCGAAAAAAUAUUCUUGGCGUCCGAGACAACCUUAUCUUUAUAGAUCACAGAUCUCCUGAAAACGAUAUACAAGUCAAAGCAAUGAGGGAUAAUGUCGACUCGACAUCAUCCAAGCAGAAUGAGUAUGAGGCCAACAUGAUCCUGAAAUGUGUGAAGUAUCUUGCUCAACAAGGGUACGGAUCUGACAAAUUGGUGGUUUUAACACCAUAUGUCGCCCAGCUCAAAUUGCUGCGUGAAAAGCUGUCAAAAGAGAAUGAUCCUAUACUUAACGACUUAGACAAAUAUGACCUCAUCCGUGCUGGCUUGUAUGUUGAUGCAGGUGCUAAGGCUUCAAAGCCUUCACUCCGAAUCUCUACUGUCGAUAACUACCAAGGUGAGGAAAGUGAUAUUGUUCUCGUCUCAUUGACUAGAAGCAACCCGAAUAAUGAUAUCGGUUUCUUGUCUCAGCCUCAACGACUCAACGUCUUGGUUUCGCGAGCAAGAAACGGGCUUAUCAUGGUCGAGCAAAAAUGUCCCAAUGGCCAUACAAACAAGUCACUAUGUCAUCAAGGUCUCCCAUCGAUAUCAUGCCCCAAAUGUGUGAAAGAAAAACGAGAUGCAGCUGAACAAGCAAAGAAAGAUUUAGAUGAACAGUUACGGGUGGAUGAAAUAAGUCAAAAAGAUCAGAAAGAACUCAAAAAGGUUCAAGACGAAAUUGAUAAGGCGCAGCAAAAGCGUCGAGACGCUUGGUUGAGGUCGGAGCGAGAAAAAGUUUUAGCACAAAAAAAAAAGGAUUUGUCUGUCCUAAUGGACCAUAAUAAUCAAAUAGAAUCAAACCCGCAACGAUAUUCCUCGCCUCCGCUAUCACAAUUCACGCCUUCUGCUAUAUCAAAUCCUUCUCCCAGUCCUACUACCACCAGCCCUGUGCCGCUGCAAGACAUAUCAAGACCAAAGCUGCCAGAUAAAAAUAAAAAUCUCCAGAAGCAUCUUCAGAUGUGCCUUGAUCACAAUGUUUCAGCAUCAAAAACCGAUUGGCAAAGACAAAAGGAUCUAGAGAAUGCCAGAAAUCCGGCGAUAGAUAGGAUUAUGGAAAUGAUCGGACUGGAAGAUGUAAAAUCCCAAGUUCUGCGGAUUAAAGCCAAAGUCGACACAUCAAAACGUCAGGGAACGGAUCUUAGCAAAGAAAGAUUUGGACUAGCUUUAUUAGGAAACCCUGGAACAGGAAAAACAACUGUAGCAAGACUCUAUGCGAAAGUUCUAACAACACUUCAGGUUCUUCCUGGUGAUGAAUUUGUUGAGACAACCGGUAGCCAUCUUGCAAAUGGUGGGGUCCAUGAUGUCAAAAAGCACCUGGCAAUUCUUGAAGCGUCACAAGGGGGAGUUUACUUCAUUGAUGAAGCCUACCAGUUGACGGAAGGGCAUAAUCAUGGUGGCAAAGCUGUCCUCGAUUAUCUACUUACAGAAAUUGAAAAUCUCGUGGGCAAAGUAGUUUUUAUCUUUGCCGGGUAUCUCAAGCAAAUGGAAAAGUUCUUUGAGCAUAACCCAGGAAUAUCAUCUCGCCUACCAUACACACUUCGAUUUGAGGACUAUACUGACUCGGAGCUUCUCCAAAUGUUGCAGUCCAAGAUCCACGAAUUCUACCAAUUCCCUAUGAAGAUAGAAGACGGUCAGGACGGGCUUUUUAUGCAAAUUGCAAUCCAGCGCCUGGGCAGAGGAAGGGCUCGAGACGGUUUCGGGAAUGCAAGAGCCCUUGAGAAUAUGUUUGCUAGGAUUCGAGAACGUCAAGCCGAUCGACUCACGAAGGAACGAAAGAAUGGCCUCAGUCCAGACGACAACCUGAUUUCUAAGGAAGAUCUGAUCGGGCCAGAUCCAUCCCAGGCAAUUCGCAAUUGCGAAGCUUGGAAUCGGCUACAAAGUCUCACGGGUCUGGAAUCAGUCAAAGAGUCCGUCAGAGGCUUAAUCGAUAUGAUCAAGACCAAUUACGAACGAGAGCUUAAAAAAUUGCCUCCUGUGGACACAUCACUCAACAGAGUAUUUCUAGGCUCUCCAGGCACAGGCAAAACCACGGUAGCUAAGCUUUAUGGUCGAAUUCUCUCAGAUCUUGGUCUAUUGAGCAAUGGGGAAGUUAUCACAAAGAAUCCCGCAGAUUUCAUCGGAAGUGCCAUGGGGCAAUCCGAGGAGAAUACUAAAAACAUCCUGGCUAGUACAGUUGGAAAAGUUCUGAUCAUUGAUGAAGCAUACAUGCUUUACUCCAGCUCUGAUAAGGGUGGUGGCGGCACUGACAUGUACAGAACAGCCGUCAUAGACACAAUCGUGGCUGAGGUGCAAAAUGUACCCGGUGAUGAUCAGUGCGUGCUGCUUCUCGGUUACGAAGACAAAAUGGUUGAAAUGUUUCAGAACGUGAAUGCAGGCCUUACGAGACGUUUCGCACUCAAAGACGCCUUCAACUUCGCAGACUUUAAUGAUCAGGAAUUGGAAGAGAUUCUCUACCUCAAGAUGAAGACCCAGGGACUUGGAGCGACUCCGAAAGCUGUGUCAAUUGCCAUAGAUCUCCUUGGACGAGCCCGAAAUGGUCUGAAUUUCGGAAACGGUGGUGAAGUGGAGAACCUGAUUUCGCGGGCCAAACGCAAUUACCAGUCUCGACAAUCAAAGUUGCAAGCCAGUAAGCGAUCAGUAGAUUUUAUUUUCGAACCACAAGAUUUCGAUCCGGAUUAUGAUCGAGCUGAGGGUGCAGAGACAAAUCUUAAGGAACUAUUCAGAGAUGUAAUGGGCUGUGACUCCAUCGUCGCUCAACUCAGUGGAUACCUGAAUUCUGCAAAAAGUAUGAAAAAGCGCGGAAAAGAUCCUCGAUCUAAUAUUCCAAUGAAUUUCAUAUUCAAGGGUCCUCCAGGUACCGGCAAAACAACAACUGCUCGCAAGAUUGGUCAAGUCUAUUAUGACUUGGGCCUUCUUUCGGAAGCCAGAGUCGUGGAAUGCUCUGCGUCUGACCUAGUCGGUCGGUAUGUGGGGCAAACUGGCCCCAAGACUAUUAAGCAGCUCGAGCUUGGGCUCGGCAAAAUUCUUUUCAUUGAUGAAGCGUACCGACUUGGCCAAGGGCAUUUUGGUCAAGAGGCCAUUGAUGAGCUGGUUGAUUCCAUGACAAAGCCGAAAUUCGCCAAUAAAAUGAUUAUCAUCCUGGCGGGUUAUGAAAAAGAUAUGAAUACCUUGCUUAGCGCGAAUGAAGGAUUGAAUAGCCGUUUUAGUGAUGAGAUGAUAUUUCCUGCUCUAGAUCCAAAAGACUCUCUUCUUGUCCUCCAGAAUACUCUGGAGAAAGAAGAUAUAUUAAUAGAGGGUUUGAAUAAUAUACCCAGUCACCAACCUUUCUUGGACAGAGUAGCAGAGCUUUCAGCCCUUCCUGCCUGGGGUAAUGCGAGAGAUAUGAUCACAUUAGCCAAGAGUAUGAUACGCGCGGCAUACCAGUCGACCACAAACUCAGUAAACGAUAGUCAAAACAUUAUUCUGCCAUAUGGUGAGGCAUUAGCUUGCAUUCAACACAUGGUGGAUGGAAAGAGAGGUAGGGCUACCGCCCAAGGGCAACCUAGGUUCAAUUCUUCGACAAACAGCCCUGUCAUGAGCGAGACUCAGGAACCACCUGCUUCUUCUAUAAUAGCCACCAAGACCGUUAAUUCGAUCAAGAAAAAGAAAAUUGCGGAGGAAGAACAGCCAUCAAGUUUACCAACAGAGUCUGAAAUAUCCUACGAUGGAAUUGCUCGUGACGCAGGAGUCCCUGAUGCAAUAUGGGCUCAACUACAACAAGAUAAAAGGGCGGCCGAAGAAGAAGCCCAGCGCUAUGCAAUCGAGAUGCGAAGACAGCAAGAAAGGGUUGAAGCACUUCAAGAGGCGGAAAGAAAAGCCAGGGAGGCAAUCAUGCGGGAAAUCAAGUCAAAACAUGAAGCCGAGUGCCGAGAACAACUUCGAUUGCGUGAAGAAGCUCGACUUCGCGAGUUGCAAGCAAAGGCUGAGAGAGAACGUAUCGAGAAAGAAAGAGAGCGAAGAAGAUUGGAAGAAGUAGAGAGAAGAAAAAAGGAGGCGCAGGCUCAGGCUAAAUUGAAAACCAUGGGGGUUUGUGUGGCGGGUUUUCAGUGGAUUAAACAAGCUGGUGGAUAUAGGUGUGCUGGUGGAAGUCAUUUUGUGACGGAUGGUCAACUUGGAAUGAGAGGCAAUUGA